UGGACGCUCCUGUCUUCUGCGCAUGCCCUAAACCCUCUACCAUCAGCUGUGAAGCGUGGUCAGCUGUGAUCAGACCUGCCGAAGAGGAGCCGAAGAGGAGGGUCUCCGGUCCUGCAGAGUCCUGAUGGACAGCGAUGAUGAGAACAUGGAGGAGGCCGUGGAAGGUCCUCUGGACGACGACGGUCAGCCUCACGGUUUCUGCACAGUAACAUACUCAUCCAGUGACCGGUUUGAAGGACAUUUCACCCACGGAGAGAAGAACGGAAAGGGCAAGUUCUUCUUUUUUGAUGGAAGCACCCUGGAGGGUUUCUACGUGGACGACGCUCUACAGGGUCAGGGAGUGUACACGUAUGAGGAGGGUGGUGUCCUUCAUGGGACAUAUGUGGAUGGCGAGCUGAACGGGCCAGCUCAGGAGUUUAACGGAGAGGGCUGCCUGGUGUUCAAGGGACAAUACAAAGACAACAACCGCUGUGGAGAGUGUUGGGUCUACUACCCCGAUGGAGGUUGUGUGUUUGGGGAGGUGAAUGAAGACGGCGAGCUGACCGGUGGAUCUUUAGCCUACAUUUACCCCGAUGGAGUGACCGCCCUCUUUGGAAGCUUUGUGGACGGAGAGCUGAUCGAGGCUCGCUGUGCCGCCCUGAUCUCCAACCAGAGCGGACGACCACGCUUUGAAAUUGCCCCUAACAGUCCGGUGUACUCAUACGAUAAGUCCACACCUACGUGCAUCGCCACCCAUGCCCUGCUUCCUGAUCCUUAUGAGAGCAAAAUGGUCUUUGUUUCAGACUCCAUGAUUAAAGGAGCAGGACAGGGUCUGUUCGCCAAGACCGCCACCGCCGCUGGCACUGUGAUGGCUUUUUAUAACGGAGUCAGGAUCACGCAUUCUGAGGUGGACAGCAGAGACUGGGCGAUGAACGGAAACACAAUCUCAUUGGACGAGGACACAGUCAUCGACGUCCCACAGCCGUUCGACCACACAGACAGAUACUGUGCUUCCCUGGGUCACAAAGCAAACCACUCCUUCAACCCCAACUGCAAAUACGACCCGUUUGUCCACCCCCGCUUUGGGCCUAUCAAGUGCAUCCGAACGCUGCGGGCUGUGCAGAAGGAUGAGGAGCUGACUGUUUCUUAUGGUUAUGAUCAUGAUGCAGAGGGGAAAAACGGCCCUGAGGCCCCUGAUUGGUACAAACUGGAGCUGAAGGACUUCCAACAGAGACAGGCGCCCCCCAGUGGACAGUAGGAGCUGUGGUGAAAGUCUGUGGACAAUAAAAGGCCCCCCUUUUUUGAGGACCUUUCAGGACUACUCCAGAACUAUGCAACAAACCAAAACAUGGCAGACAUUUCUCUGGAUGCUGCUCAGUCUGAUUUGACCUCUGUGGCCUUCUUCAUCAUCAGAUUUCACAUGAAUAAAGAUUUAGUAUUUGGUUCUCAUAAAGUACUGACAUACUGUCAGAAUAAUUUAGUUUCCCUCAGUUAUGUCUGCUCAGUUAGAUGGCAGCUUUCUGAUCAGGGCUCGGUCUUUAUUUCAUCCUUUUAAAUGUUUUUAUAGAGACUAAUGCAGCAUCUCAGUCCAUUUAUCUUAAACUAUUCUGGAUCUAUUCACAUGAAAUAUUAAAGGUUCAUCUCAAUAACGGAUUAUUUCAGAGGUUUUCUAAGACUAUGACUUGGUUAGACUUUUCUAAACUCAUCCUGAAUGAUAUUUCACCACAGAAAUGUACCACAUCAAAUAAACUGUACCACAGAG